AUGGAAGGGCUUGAGCUUGUCUCUGACCUAAAGAGGAGUUCAAGCAGCUGUGAUGGGCUUGAACUUGUCUCUGACCUAAAGAGGAGUUCAAGCGGCUGUGAUGGGCUUGAAGUGGCUUCUGGUUUCGGGCGAUGGCCAAAGAGCUAUGAGGGUCUCGAGGUUGUUGUUGAACCGGGAAAGGAAGUCCCAAUCAGCAGGGAGGAAGCAUAUUAUGUAUCUGGACCGGACAGAGCGGGAACAAGCAUAUCUGAUGGCACACCUGAUGAUGGUCCGAAAAAAACUGAUACGACAAAGGGUGCCAAAAGAGUAUGCGGACUCCGACCUACCGUGUUUCGGUCUCUAUUAGCAGUCUCAAUAUUACUUGUGAUUGCUGCUGCGGUAGGAUGUGGGGUCGGGGGAUCAUAUCUGAUCAACAAGAUAAAAACCCGGGGCUCUGACCCAGUGACGUCCGGAUCUAAUACCACCUCUACCUCUGCAUUGCCCAUCAGCGGUACAUCCGACAGCAGCACGACCUCAACGACAUCCGAAGCUGACAAGGGUUCCAAAAUGCCAAUAACAACCGGAGCAUCUUCUUCAGAAACCACAACCGUUUCCAAGCCAUCCAAAACAUCAUCAGCGCCCGUCACAUCAGGCACGACGGGGACAGCUGCAAAUCCAUGUCCCGGUCAGAAUAUGACCACAGUCACCGGCUCUGAUGGAUCGGUAUUUACGUUGCUGUGUGCCGUUGACUGGCCCAGUGGUGGUCGAAUAGCAUAUGGCGAUGGCGAAGUCAGUGACUUGACGAGAUCGACUGAAUACGACUUGAAAUCCUGCAUUUCACAGUGUGUGGAGUGGAAUACGGAGAAUGAUGUGAAAUGCAAGGGAGUCGCCUACUCUGCGAAUUUGACAGCUUCGUUCGAGGGUGGACAGGAUGGGAAUUGCUUCUUGAAGGAUAGUGUUGGCAGCUCCAUGCUUGUGCUAUCGGGGCUUAGUGGCAUGCUUGGUCUUGCUGUCUUAGUGUAUACCGAAAGCAAGGGAAGUGUGCGUACCCUACCUGCCCCGGUCACUGAGAAGAAAGACCUCAAAUUUAACAUAGUUGACAGCAUGAUAACAACCUGCUGCCUCACAUUAGGGUUCUAG